UCUUUGUUCGGUGUGCUUGCCCUAACUUCGUGUUGGCCAUGGACAUUUGGACCAGGUGAUCAACAAGUUUGUUUCGAAGCUUGGUCUGAAAACAGCAACAUGGCAGUUCACCGAUGUCUAUGGAUUGGACCCAGAGCUACUUGCCAUGGUACCACAGCCAGUCUGUGCUUUGAUUGUACUCUUCCCCUGUAGCCAAAAGUAUCAUGACUAUACAGUGGGAGAAGUGGAGCGCCUUGAGAAAGAGGGACAGCAUGUCGACGACAGUGUAUUCUUCAUGCGUCAGACCAUCGGCAAUGCGUGUGGCACAAUAGGUCUGCUUCAUUCCAUCAGCAAUAGCAAGGACCGUGUUGACCUCGAGGAAGGAUAUCUGACGAACUUUAUUUCACACACCAAGGACAUGACUCCUGCGGAGCGUGGAUCCUACCUGGAAGGCGAUGAUACGAUUUCUGCUGCUCACGAGGAAAGUGCCAAUGAGGGACAAUCUGAGGUGCCGUCCGACCGUGACUCUGUGAAUCUUCACUUCGUGGCUCUGGUUCCCCACAAGGAUUCGCUGUAUGAGCUCGAUGGCCGAAAACCGUUCCCAGUCAACCAUGGUCCAACCACACUGGAUACUUUCCUUCAGGAUGGCGCACUUGUGUGCCAGAAGUUCAUGGCGCGGGAUCCGUCCGAGCUGCACUUCACCAUCCUGGCACUGGCACAUGUGUAAGGACACGUAAUUACUGCACUACGUAUCUAGCCGUCGUUACUACCUACGUGUCUAGCCUCCGUUACUACCUACGUGUCUAGCCCUCGUUACUGCCUCCCUGGCUCAUGGGCAUCGGUGUGCCGCCCGGGUUGCUUCACUCGCUUUGCAUGUGUACAGAAAGUGUGCCCUUAUCAAACUGUCACUCGCUGCGUAUAUAUUUUGCCGGAUACAGAAUUCUCAUGAAAUACAUCACUAUUUUCCUUGCAUGCAAGUUUAUGAUAGGAAUACUUCUUGAAGUAGUUUAAUACAUGCAAUGCUGAAUACUGGCUACUGGCUCUGAUGGCCCAAAGGGUACACGUAUCAUGGCUGCAACAAAAACGAUCUCUUCUGGCCUUGUUUUUUGGCAUUAUUGAUAUUCUUUCGAGAUUUUUUCAUGCAUUGUGUUGCCUGUUGGCCUGGUGUUCAUUUUUAUCCUGCCUGCAUUUUUUUAUAGUUGUAGUUCUGACAGUGAAUGCAGUCAUGCUGCAGACAAAAUUGGUUGUCGAACACUCAAA